UAAUGAGACUGAAUCAUACUAAGAGACAGGGACUCAAGAAAUACAACUUCUUUAAAAGCAUUUAAAACCAGCAAGUUGACAUAUAGAACACAUGCACACAGUGGAUCAAAUUGCAUUACAGGGGAUCAGCAGCAGUAAACUUAAUCUAAAUGUGGUUUUAAUACAACAAUUAAAUACUUAACCCAGGACCAGCAAUCUCACAACGAUAAACAGAGUAAUAUCUAAUAAACUACUAAUGGUUUAUUUUGUUGUUCGAGCUUAGGCAUCCAGCAGGACCACAGUUACUGUAACUCCAGCUUGUCUUAGGAUCAAAUUACCUCAUCGUCUAGUUACUUGAACUCCAGUUUUUCGCUAAGAUGAAGAUGAGCAUCAGAAUAUCAGCCAGCUCUAUCGGUGUGCUCCUGGGCCUCCUGACCAUCACCGAGGGUGAGUCUAUAUUAAAUUCUACUCUAUUAUUACUUUGACACAAUGCAUUGACACCCUAUGCAGUAAAAUAAGUAAAGGUAUCAACAUAUAAUGUACUUAUUAUACAUUUUGUUUUAUUGAACCUUUAACCAGGCUAGUCAAUUAAGAACAAAUGGUAACACCAGAAGCAUUAAAACGAUGUGGAGUGUUGGUUAAAAUUAGACCAAUCAAAGAGGAUUUUAGAGGACAGUUUGCAUUAAACCUGGUUACAUUGUUAACAAUCUGAGUAAUAUUAUAGGUAUUACAUAGAUUCUUGAGUUGAUCAGAGUUGGAUGUCAACCAGUCUAGAUUCAGGUCACCCAUAAUCACAAAUUCAGAUUUGACAUUCUGUGAUAAUAAUUCAAAAAUAGAAUCCAGAGAGCUAGCAAUAGCAUAUGGGGGUCUAUAACAACAGGAGACAACUAGAUUUAAGGAUGCGCAGAGAUUUAUAUUCAAAGCCAGAUAUUCAAGUUGCUUGGGUUUGGUAACAGUAGUCAGAAUGGUCGCCGAAAACGUGCCUUUUAUAGCAACAUAACCACACUUACAUUUGCAAUCUGACUGAAAAACAUUGUAACCAUCAAUGCCAAUGUCUUUGUCAGUCAUAGAUAUUUUGAGCCAGGUUUCAGAAAGCAUAAAUACAUAUAGGUCUGCGGUUUUUAUCCUAAUAUUCACAAAAUCGGAAGAAUACUUCUUAAAUGUAUGUGCUGAAACUUCAGACCAUUCUGACUUUUUAAUUCAGAUUGGGUAGAAAUGUAAGACCUGGGUUAGAUUGCCUAUUUCCUGACAGUAAAAGCAGCAACAUAAUGGCAAGUCUAGACAUUUGGAUUCACAGACAGUACUAAAACCAUUGUCCAGAGGGACCAGAGUCUUUAACACAACAUAUUUCAAAAGGUGCGUACAAUCCAGAGACAUGGUUAAGUACCAAAAGAACAAUCCAGACAUGCAAGCGUGCGGUUUCUCCUAUGUCGAAUGGGUGUUCUCCAGUGCAAUAGCGGGGCAGGCGUAUGGUUUAUCCCAGGACACAACAUAGAAAAACAUUCAAAGUUCUCUGCAUUUAACGGGGCAUCAGGCCCUAACUGCAUCAAUCUCAGUGUAAGAGUCAAGGGUAGACAAUAGCAACAAUAAGUGAAGAAAUACCUUUUAGAGAUAAUUUGUAUUUCUGACAGUACAGUAUGUGAGUAUUUGAGUAACAACUACAUCUGCCUAUUUAAAUAUAAAUCUCAUUUCUAUCAAGCCAAUCAUGGCUCCCAAUUAUGAGUGUUGUAACUCACAUAAAUUAUUGAAUUACGGUAACAAGCAAGGAAUGAAACAAACAAGCAUUAGAUCAAAUUUCUAAUUGUAGUCCAGUUUCUUGAAUGAAUAAUGCUCACCUUUGAAACAUGAAAAGCCUAACAGUCGAAUGAAAUGCAUGUUAUGUAAUUGAAGUGUAAUCAAAGGUAAUACUGUGACUGUGUAUUCAGCUCUUUAGGAUUUGAUUCAAGCCUUUUCUGUUUCAUUUGAAUGGUGGAACGAUUCUUUGAAAGCUGUUGCUUCCUAACCUGUCAAUCCAAUUACCCAGCCCAUGCAUCUGCUCACUCAUUUUGCAAGCGGGGAUGUUCGGUCCUUGCUAGGUGGGCAGAGUUAGCACUCGAUUUCAAAUUCCCCGGCGGGGAACUCUGAAUGCCCCACUCAGAACCGAUGGCGAUACUGGCUAUUACGGGUGAAGUUGAAAAUGAGACAACAACAAAACGCAUGUGGCAGAGACAAACAUUGAAGGAUAAAACUUCUGAUAAUUGAUUUCAGCAUAUUUAGCAGACCGGGUCACCGGGCGAGCUAAACUAAAAAGAAAGCAUCCCUAGACUGCGACAUCCUAGGCAUAGCAAUAUGAUUGACAUGUUAUAGGGGAGUGACAGCUUUAAAAUGAAAGUCGCACCAUUCCAAUGAAACAGACAUCGCUUGAAUCAAAUCCUAAAGAGCUGAAUGAACAGACAGUAUUACCUUUGAUUUGACUCCAAUUAUAUUACAUGAGAGGUGUGCAUUUCAUUCGACUGUUAGGCUUUUCAUGAGUUGAAUCGUGGUCAUAUGAUCUAACUGUUAAUAAUUCGAUUUGAAAGAUUAAUUUGUUCAUUAAAGAGACUGGACUACAGUGUGUAGUUUGAUUUAAAGCUUUUCAAGUUUCACGUUUUUAAUGUCACGUGCACAAGAACAGUGAAAUGUCUUUUUUGCUUGCGCUUUCCCAAAAUAUCAGUAGUACUAUAAAAAUGUAAAGUAGAACAAAUACACACGAAAAACAGAAAUAAGAAGAACACGAGAAAGUACGUAAGCUAUAUAUAUUCAAGGUCAGUUCCAGGGUCAGUGGCAAUACCAUAUUUACAAUGUGCAUGGACACUGGAGUGGGAGUGUUAGAUAUGUAUUGGGGUAAGGUGACUAGGCAUCAGGAUAUAUGAUAAACAGAGUAGCAGCAGCGUAUAUGAUGAUUGUAUGUGAGUGUGUGUGCAUGUGUGUAGAGUCAGUAAGAAUGUGUGUGCGUGUUAUGUGUGUGUGAGCAAAUUAAGUGUGUGUGUUAGUGUGUGUGUUGGAGUGUCAGUGUCAGUGAGCGUGUGAGUGUGCAUACGGUCAGUGCAAAAAUCAAAAAUCAAAUAGAAGGGUCAAUGCAGAUAGUAUGUGUAGCCAGGCUGUUAGCUAUUUAGCAGUCUUAUGGCUUGGUGAUAGAAGCUGUUCAGGAGCCGUGAUAGAAGCUGUUCAGGAGCCUGUUGAUGUCAGACUUGUUGCUCUGGUACUGCUUGCCGUGCGGAAGCAAAGAGACCAGUCUAUGGCGUGGGUGGCUGGAGUCUUUAACAAUUAAAAGUUUGCUUCUUUCAUUCAAAAUUUUUUUACUUCUACCCCCCAUACCCUAAUAUGAUGUAGUCUAAAACUGACCUCUGACCUUUUACAGGGAUGAGCCUAGGUGACUUGGGGUCAGACUUACGUUGUCGCUGCAUCCAGAUGGAGAGACGUCGGAUUGGUAAACUCAUCGACAAGGUAGAGAUGUUCCCUCCCAGCUCGCACUGCAAAGACACUGAGAUCAUGUGAGUUCAGACUACUGACUUAAAUCAUGCUGACCCUAAAAUAUGACUAUUAUAUAUAAGUUGAUAUUGAUAUGGGUUUUAAAUCAUGUUGAUAUCAACUAUGGCCAUCAUAUAUUAAUCGUAUUUAAUUAAGUUAGUGCUGACAAAAAUAUGGCUAAUGUUAUGUUGAUUAUCUUAAAUUAUGUUUUGUUAGUCGAGUUAUAACACUAACAAUGACUCUCAAAUAUAGUUAUGUUCAAACUCAGAUAUUUAUCUUAAAUUAUUCUAUGUGAGUCCUUGCUUACUAACAUCCUAUUUCAUUUACAAAAGCUGAUUUAGCUCUAGGUUGUGAUAAUGUUAGUUCCAGGUUGUGGUAAUGUUAGUUCUGUUUCUCACUGUGCGGUGUGCCUGUCUUGCAGAGCCACUCUGAAGGGGAGCAGUAAGGAGAUUUGUUUGGACGUCAGCGCUCUCUGGGUCAAGAAGGUCAUUGAGCAGAUGCUGGCCAAGUACAAGAUAAAAAAAGACCUAAAGACCUUGUCCAAACCGACCGUGUAAAACAACAAGAUGUUUGUCUGUCUACCUAUCCACCCAUUUGGAAAAGGGUCUACAGUAUAUGAAUCAUAUACAGAUAACAUUUACAGUUGCGGCCAAAUAUAUUGGCACCCUUGCACUUUUAUUAAAUUCCCUAUUUCUUCUCAAAUAAGUUGAAAACUGGGUCACCACACCUUGUUAUUGGAUUUUCAACAUAAGAGAACCUAUUUUAUUUUUGUAAACUUUAGUU